CACCUUUUAGCGCUGCACCGUAACAUGAUCAACGGAAACAAAACCCGAAAUUCUGUGGGAAUUCAAGUACUUUGGCAACUACAGCCUUUUCCUUUUUGUUGAUUUAAAAAAAUCCAUUUGAAUACAUUUUGAAACACUUGUAUGGGUUAAGAUGGGAGUACCGAAGUUUUACCGAUGGAUUUCGGAGCGGUAUCCGUGUCUCAGUGAAGUUGUCAAGGAACAUCAGAUCCCUGAAUUUGACAACCUCUACUUGGACAUGAAUGGCAUCAUCCAUCAGUGCUCCCACCCAAAUGACGAAGAUGUGCACUUUCGUAUCUCGGAGGAAAAGAUCUUCGCAGAUAUUUUCCACUACUUGGAGGUGCUCUUUCGCAUCAUCAAGCCACGCAAGGUGUUCUUUAUGGCCGUGGACGGUGUGGCUCCACGGGCAAAGAUGAACCAGCAGAGAGGAAGACGAUUUAGGUCAGCAAAAGAGGCGGAGGAUAAGAUUAAGAAGGCACUAGAGAAGGGUGAAGUGCUCCCAACCGAGGCAAGGUUUGACUCCAACUGCAUCACCCCAGGGACAGAUUUCAUGGCCAGACUCCAGAAGCAGCUGAAAUAUUUUGUCCACCGCAAACUGUCAUCGGACAAAUUAUGGCAGGGAGUCAGCGUCUAUCUCUCUGGCCAUGAGACGCCUGGAGAAGGAGAGCACAAGAUCAUGGAGUUUCUUCGUUCGGAGAUUGCCAAGUCCAGUUAUGAUCCAAACACUAGACACUGUCUGUAUGGCCUAGAUGCUGAUCUGAUCAUGCUUGGGCUGGUCAGCCACCAACCGCAUUUUUCUCUGCUGAGAGAAGAGGUUCGCUUUGGUGGUAGAAAGUCUCAGAAGAGGAUAACAGCUCCAGAGGAGACCACGUUCCACCUGUUGCACCUGUCCCUCAUGAGGGAAUACAUUGACUAUGAAUUCUCUGCACUAAAGAAUCGGAUCACAUUCGAUUACGACUUGGAGCGAAUCAUUGAUGACUGGAUACUGAUGGGCUUCCUGGUGGGAAACGACUUCAUUCCUCAUCUACCUCACCUGCACAUCGACCAGGAUGCUCUGCCUCUGCUCUACCGUACCUACAUCAGCGUGCUGCCCAAACUCGGAGGUUAUCUCAAUGAGAACGGGAACCUGAACCUGGGUAACUUUGAGAAGUACCUGGAGACGCUUUCCCAGUUUGACCGUGAGCACUUCAGUGAGAUCUUCGUGGAUCUGAAAUGGUUCGAGAGCAAGGUGGGGAACAAGUACCUGAACGAAGCGGCUGGCCUGGCAGCAGAGGAAGCUCGGGGGCGGGACAGCAAGAAGAAGAAAAAGGUGCCUGAAGGCUCUCUCUGUCUGGCUGCUCUGAAUGGGGGACAGGAUUCCGACGGCCCCCCCACCAAAGAAUGCUCGGAGGAGGACGGUGAGGAUGACGAUAUGUUCGAGACGGAGUUUCGCCAGUACAAGCGAUCAUACUACAUGACCAAGAUGGGGGUGGAGCUGGUGUCUGAUGAAUUCCUGGCCAGCCAGGCUCGGUGCUACGUGGAGGGAAUUCAGUGGAUCCUUCACUACUACUACCACGGAGUUCAGUCAUGGGGCUGGUAUUACCCAUACCACUAUGCCCCCUUCCUGUCUGACAUUCGUAACAUCGCCGAUGUGCAACUGACCUUCCAGAAGGGGGCGCCAUUCAUGCCCUUCCAGCAGCUCUUGGGAGUGCUGCCUGCAGCCAGUAAGGACCUGCUACCCCAGUGCUACCAGCACCUGAUGACAUCAGAGAGCUCCUCCAUCAAAGAUUACUACCCUCUCGACUUCAAGAUGGACCUGAAUGGCAAGCAGCAGGACUGGGAGGCUGUGGUUCUCAUUCCCUUCAUCGACGAGAAGCGCUUGCUCGCUGCCAUGGAGCCUUACACUAGUCUGAUGAGUGCCGAGGAGAAGGUCAGGAACAGACACUCUGAGUGUGCCCUGUGCCGGUAUCACGGAGAUGAGGACUUCAACUACAGGUCCCCGCUACCAGGGAUCUUCCCAGACGUCAUUCACUGCCACGUCAGGGAGAUCUUGAUACCCUUGGACGCUUGGCAGGUGUCCGUGGGGCAUGUUGUUCGGCGCAUGGACCCCAGCACUCUGUACUUCUGCGGAUUUCCCACCCUCAAGCACAUCCGGCACAAGUUCUAUAAGAAGAAGAACGGGGUGGUGGUGUUUCAGCAGAGCAGCCGAGGAGAGAACAUGAUGCUGGACAUCAUGCCAUCUAAGGAGGAGCCGGUGGAAGCAGUGGCGGCCCUGGUUCUGGGAAAGGCUUUAUUCGUUAACUGGCCUCACCUAGCAGAAGCACGCGUCGUCGCUGUAUCUGACGGGGAGACUAAAUUCUUCCUGGAGGAGCCUGUAGGAUUGCAGAAGCUGUAUCUGAGCCAAACGCCACCUCCAACCAAGGUGGUCCUGCUGAGCGAGAAGGAGCAGAAAGACUGGGUGAAAGACGUGCAGGGCCUCACGGAGCACUACUGCAAGCGAAAGGGGAUCGUCAUCAAUGACACCAUGCUGGUGGUGCACGUCCAGCUGCUCACCGGCCGGAGGUACCUGCCCUGUCCAGACGGUCGGGUCCAGCUGGAGAAGCAGUGGGCCAAGCAGGUCCUGCCUUUUCCCUACCAGACCAUUGUCAAGGAUAUAAUGGCCUUUGAAUCAUCCUUCCCUCACUUGAAGACGCUGGGGGAGCAUUUUCCAGUCAGCUGCACGGUCUUCAUGGUGGGAAACCCAUAUUAUGGCUGUAUGGGAGAGGUGCAGGAUUCCAGUGAUGUCAUCAGCGAGGGACGAGUUCGAGUUGUCUUCACGGUGCCGUGUGAACCUCAUCUGGACGCCUUAAUACAGAACCAGCAUAGAUACUCUGUGAAGUACAAUCCUGGCUACGUGUUGGCGUCCCGGCUGGGCAUCACCAGCUACCUGGUGUCCCGUUUCUCUGGAAGCAUCUUCAUCGGCCGCGGUUCCAAAAAGAAUCCGCAUGGGGAGCACAAGGUCAACGUGGGCCUGAACCUCAAGUUCAACAAGAAGAACGAAGAGGUGGCCGGUUAUACCAAGAGGACGGACAAGGAGUGGCUGUACUCCAUAGCUGUAGAGGAGCUACUCGCCGAGUACUUGGAGAGGUUCUCGGAGGUGUUCAACUAUGUGUCAAAGAACAGUCAUGAUGAUGUGUUCUACGAAGAUGACAUUUGGUCUGGAGAAGAUGGAAACGGGGCUGCAAAGGUCCAGGAGAUUGUCUCUUGGCUUAAGACCCACCCAGUGAGCUCUACCACACGCACGUCAUGUGACCUGCAGAUUCUAGACAGCGGCAUCGUAGAGAAGAUUGAGGAUGAAUUGGUGAAGUCCAAGCUUAAUAAAAGCAGCAAGAAAGUUCGUGUGACGGUGAAGCCUCACUUACUCUUCCGGCCUCUGGAGGAGCAGCACGGUAUCCUGCCUGACCCCGAAGCCGAGUUUCGUCUCUUUGACCGCGUGGUGAACGUGCGAGAGAACUUCACCGUCCCGCUUGGACUCAGGGGGACAGUCAUCGGUAUUAAGGGGGCUGACAGGGACCUGGAGAUCUUGUAUGAGGUCAUGUUUGAUGAGGAGUUCCCUGGAGGCCUCACCAUAAGGUGCUCACAGGGCCGCGGCUACCGCCUGCCCCCCAGUGCCUUAAUCAGCCUGAGCCACGGCACGCGCAUGGACACUGUAUCCCACAAGCUGACUGCAGUUGUUAAGCCUCAGCCUACCACCAAUAACCACGCCCACAGGGACCAGCUAGGUGGCCUUAACCACUCUCCUCGCUCACCAUUUGUACCCAUGCAGCAUAAUGGGAGACAUGGCGUCAGGCCGGAAACUCAGGGUAACAGGAACAAGCCUUAUGGUCAGAAGAACAUAGCAAAGGGAUCUGGGGGGGAUCAGGAGUUCAGUAACGUCUGGCAGUCUCUGCAGGGGUCUGGAAUGCCCCAGAUACCGCCUGCUCAUUGGCAGGACAGUGCAGGGAAGAGCAACGUGGGGCAACUGGAGGGGCAAAACCAGCAAAGCAGGAAGGGCAGAGAGGGCGCUAGGAGCCAAAGAAUGGAACCCCAGGGCAACCAGGCUCCCCACAAGCCUGGUCCAGCUGGAAAUAUUCGAGUAUUAAAGAGAAAUGAAGACUUAAACCUCUUUUCCACUCAAACGCCUCCCAGCAAGGAGCUCGAGGACUUGCUGUCUGGCUUGAAGAUCUCCAAGGGCCCUGAGGUCUCGUCCUAUGCCACCCCCAGCCAGCCACCCGUCACCACAGAGGAGCCGCUGUCUCCACAGUCCUUCGCUGUGAAGGGCACCCUGAUGUUGAAGGAGAUGCUGAAGAUUGACAGCUCCUGUCCUGCCCCUGACUCUGCCAAGACCAGUGGGCAGGGAGGGCGUAAGAGGUCCACCAAGAAACUUGCUGCACGGAUCCACAAGUCCCAAGGUGACAUGACUGCCCAGUUACCCAUGGGCACCAUUGCAUCACAGCUUGCCCACACCUGUGUUGGGUUGGGUAUGGCACUUCCAGAGUUUACCCUUAUGAGGAGCCAACAGGGCCUGUCUGUGUGCAAGGUGAAGCUUGCUAACGGCCUUGUGGUGCACGGACCUCAGUGCCAGUCUGACAGUGAAGCCCAGGAGAAAGCAGCCAUGUUUGCCCUACAGCGACUGAGCUCCCUGCCACUGGCCCAGCCAAUCUUUAAUGGCAUGCAGCCGAUCCGGCCGCUGCCGCCUGCUCCCCUGCCCGCUGUGUUUGGCCAACCUGCCGGGAGCCUGCUCAUGCCGCCUCUGCAGUGGGGGGCUUGUCUCCCCCACCAGCCUCCACCCUUCUUCCAGGGGACAUUUCCAGGAGCUCGCCACCCUCCUCCCUCUAUCCCAAUUGGGUCCCACAACCAGUUUGUCCCAAUGCAGGUGACAAAGAAUCGUGUGUCAUAUCGAAAAGCCCAGGAGACGAGAGAUUUUUUCUGCCCUUCGUACAUGGUGGGGCAGGGCGUGGCACCCCCUUUCCCAUCCCAAGCUGAAGCGGGUGAUGUACUGGCUUCGAACGACCACCCAGCUCCUCCGGAAUCCUCACCGAAAGACGUGCCCAGGGCACCGAGGACACCGAGGCAGGGCGCUACCCACCACAACCCCGGCUCCGCCUCCAAGAGGAAACCCAGGAAGCUGGCGGUGAACUUUGAUGCUGCAAAGGUUUCUGAAUGAGAAGCCCCCUUCAAGAUGGGUUGAUCUUUUAAAAAGUAUUUUAGUUUUUCACCAGAUGCACAACGGGACCAAGAACAGUGCGCUGGACCUUGUUUGUCUCCUGUUUCUAUCAUGAGAGCUGUUUUUGGAGACAGCCUGGUCCACCUGGAGGUUCAUUUUAUUAACCAACUUCCACUUCAUCUAAACUUCACCAACUUUGUGUUCCCGUUGGCAUGACGACCUGAUUUUUAUUUGUUCUUAAUCCACACAUUUCUAAGACAGCAAAAACAAAAGUUUUGUAUCGGUGCACAUUUUACUCUUUUUACUAAUAUGUUUGGGUGCGUGUCUCCCUGUUUUUGCUGCUCUGAAAUCGCUUUUUGCCCUCCAGUGCAGAUUGCUGUUCUGUGCUGGGAUCUUGAGUAUAAUUGGGUAAUUAGGGGGAGGACCUGCAUCUUCUAUAUCUCCUGCCAUUUGAUCUUUCAGUAGGCGCUUUGUGUGUGUGAUUUAUUUAUAUAUAUAUAUAUAUAUAUAUAUAUAU